GUAUGACUCUUGGUGGAUUAUUAUUUGGUACCAUAGCAGACUAUAGUGGACGUAGAAAUUUAAUUCCAAUUUCUAUGGUUAUAAUAUUUUCUGCUUUCCUUGGACUUUCAUUCUCUCAAACUUAUUUUCUGAUAAGCUUUUUUAUUUUCAUGUUGGGCAUUGGAUUAGCAGGAAGUCACCUGGUACUUAGAGUUUAUUUGAUUGAGUGCGUUCCAGCUAACAGAAGAGGCAUUUGUUUGGUUCUUAUUGACCUCCUAUGGUCUAUUGGCUACGUAGUGUCCUUAAGUUUAAGUUGGAUUUUAAUUCCAUCAAUAAUUAAAGUACUUAGCAAAGACUUUCGUCCAAAUUCCUGGCGAGUUCUCGUUGGAUUAGGAAGUGCGCCAUGUCUCAUAAUAGCAUAUCUUUCUAAUCUUCUUCCACCUAGUCCAAGAUAUCUUCUUUAUCGCAGACGUCCUCAGCAAGCUUUAAUUGUCUUCCAGCAAAUGUUUGCCAUAAAUAAUUCUCAGCAUAUUAAUAACUUUCCGUCAUGCAAUUUAAACAAUUGUGUUAGAUCAGAUGAAGACGAUGUUGAUGCAAGAUAUUUUUUUCAAAUUUUACGUGAAUUUAUUUUUAAAACCUGGAAGAAAAUUAAGCUAAUUUAUUCAAAAAAUUUUAUAAAAUGCACUUUGUUAUUUAUUUUUCUCAGACUUUUCCUUUUUCCAGGUCUAAUUCAAAUUACACAAUGGACAGCGUAUUUAUCUGAUGAAACAAAUUAUGCCUCAUCUUCUAACACAACUUGUUCCAUUGAUUUAAGAGAUAUUGGUUUACAAUUUCUAAACUAUUGCCAUGAAGUAAACCAUGUUCAUUUCAAACAUUCGCUCAUUCUUUCGUCAAGUUUCAUUUUAGUUAUCUCUGGAUUAAUUGGUGGAAUAUCAAUCCUUGUGGUUAUCUUCGGUUAUCAUCAAGAUGCUAAAACGAUUUGGUCAAUUUUAUUUUUAUCGUCCUUUGCAAUCAUUCAUACAACUACAAGUAUUAAACUAUUAGAACAUUACCCAACAUCUGUAAGAGGAACUAUUUGGGGUUUCACAUUAGUAUUACCGUAUAUAACGUCGUUUUUGAUAUCUUUUUUUGCCGUAAUACCAUGCUGGAUGGUAAUUUACGUUAUGCUUGGUUUACUGAUAGGUGCUGUACUAGCCGUCUUACCAAUCCCAGAUUUAACAAAUUCUCCAAUGAAAGAG